UUAUGAAAACUGUUCUGAUGUCACAACAGCAAUAACCUUUUUAGAGUAUCUGGAGGGAAACAACCUGAUAGUCUAAACUCUGGGUGAAACAGCACCUUCUCAACCGGCUUCAACGAAAAAAUGUUCCCCCUAUUUUUCUAUCAGCCAGACAAGGUUAAGGUAAGCUGGGCAAAAGAGAGACAAGACGGUUUAAAUAUUUUCUUUUAGUGAAGAAAAUCAAAAGGUUUCGCAAUUCCAAGCUGCCUAUAAGAGGACUGCAAUGAAUAUAAAGCUGUAGGACACUGUUAGACGAUUGGCAUCCAGAUGAGUUCUACAGGUACAAAUGAAACAGAAGAAAGAGGCAUCUCUGCAGGGGGUACCAGGACUCUUGCACUAACUGUGUUAUUUGCUGCCAUUGGAGGAACUUUCCAGUAUGGCUACAACAUCUCCAUCAUUAAUGCCCCGACCAGCUAUAUCCAGAACUUCAUCAAUGACACAUACGUGGAACGCUGGGGAACAGGUUUGGAUACUCCUCAAGUAAUCCUAGUGUGGACCUUUAUUGUCUCGGCGUUCUCCCUGGGGGGCUUGCUGGGGGCCCUGUUAGCAGGGCCUAUGGCGGUUCGUUUUGGAAGGAAAGUGUCGCUGCUUUUGAACAAUUCCUUCCUGCUGGUUGGUGCUGUGCUUGUGCUGACAUGUAAGGUGGCAAAAUCAUUUGAGAUGAUCAUCCUCGCUCGUUUCCUGGUUGGGAUUAACUCCGGAGUCAGUAUGAACAUCCAGCCCAUGUACUUUGGAGAAAGUGCUCCUAAACACCUCAGAGGCGCUGUGGCGUUUUCCUCGGCCGUUUUCACUGCGUUUGGAAUCUUCUUUGGACAGGUUGUCGGACUCACUGAGCUGCUGGGUUCAGAGCCUCUGUGGCCCUACUUACUAGCUAGCAAUGCUUUGCCGGCAUUGAUCCAGCUAGUGACCCUGCCCUGGUUUCCCGAAAGCCCCAGAUACCUCCUCAUUGACCGUGGAGACAGGGAAGCUUGUGUCCAGGCUCUUGGAAGAUUACGUGGAGGAAAGGUUCCUCCUCUGGAGAUGAAGGAGAUGCUUCAAGAGCAGCAAAUGUCUGCGGCCUUAAAGUCUGGUUCUUCUGUUCCUGCCAAGACUCCGUGGUCUCUGUUCAAAGAUCCGGACCUACGACUUCAGCUCAGGACAGUCAUCACUGCAAGCAGUGCUAUGAUGCUCUGUGGCAACGACUCCAUCUACUUUUAUGCAUACUACAUAUUUCUGGAAGCAGGAAUUCCAUCAGAGAAAAUUCAGUAUAUCACCAUUGGAACAGGGGCAUCUGAGUUUAUUGCUUCCCUGCUGAGUAACGUCCUGAUUGAACGGGUGGGCCGCAGGUACCUUCUCAUCGGUGGGUACAGCCUCAUGGUUUGUUGGACCAUCGUCUUCACUAUUGCUCUCACGCUUCAGAGUCAAGGUGUCACAGGAAUGCCAUACCUCAGCAUGGCAUGUGUGUUCGCCUACAUCCUCAGCUUCGGCUUGGGACCUGCGGGGGUCACGGGCAUAUUACCGGCAGAGAUCUUUGACCAGACAGCUCGGCCAGCGGCGUACAUGGUCGCCGGCUCGUUUAUGUGGAUCAGCCUCUUCCUGGUCGGAAUGUUGUUCCCUUUCAUUGUGAACGGGUUAGGAAACUACUGCUUCCUACCUUUCCUGGUCGUGUGUCUGGUCUCGGCUGUUGUGCUCGGUCGAACCAUGCCAGAGACUAAGGGGAAGACUCUGGCAGAGAUUACAGCUGAGUUUGACAGAAGAAAUGGAAGGGCCUUACAUGUUGAAGAGCCUGAGCAGUACCAGCUGGGCAAAGCAAGCUCCUUACCAACAAUGGAAGCUAAUUCUGAAUCUGAUCAUAAAACUGACUAACUUCUAGGAAAAGUGUAAACGGAACAGAGGUAUUGAAAUAUUUUUAUGCACUUUAAAUAUAAUUUGGUUUACAUGUCAUACAGAUGUUAUGCAUUUCUUGGUACCCCUUGUACACUAAAUACUUUUACUAAAAGUGCUGGCAAAUUGCCUCUAUAAUGGAUAGAUAUAUGGAUAUCAAAUGAUGAUCCUGUUAGAAAAUGUUGGGAUUUACUCCUUAUAAUGCUGGAAACUAACAAAAUCUUUUAUUACUAGCGUACUGUAGCAUGACAUAAACCAGUGUAAACCCAUUAACCUGCUCUUAACACGACCGAAUGCUUUAAAGCAAUAUUGAGAAAGUGCCUUUUACUGAUGCUCAACGUCCUUCAGGAUCCAACAUCACAGAGCCAGUCUAAGACUUAACAACUUACAACUUAACAAGCUUACUCUAACUCACCACCAAAAUCCCUUUGAAGUUUGUAGCAAGUAGAUAUGUUGGCAGAGGAGAGGGUAAUCAUUUGAAUUGCAUGUGAUAAAGGAUUAUCUACGGUGCAUGGACACAUCUGUACUCCCAGAGAGCCGUGCUUGUUUAGUGGGAUAAUCUUUCCUGGCUCUCCAGCCCAUCCCGAGCAAUGCCCUGUGCAUGUUUCCCCAUCUACCAAACCAUGUACAACUAUUUUUUGACAUCUAUUUAUGCACCAGCUGGAUUCCACCUUUAAUUUAACUAUAUUAGUGGAAGUCUUCUAUACAUUAUGCCCAUAAGGACAUAUAUUUGCAAAUGAAGCAUAAAAAGUUUAGAAUUUUAGCUGCACUACUUAAAAAUGUCCAGCAGAUGUCAGCAUUGUCCUCAAACUGCCUGUUUGCUGGAAUAUAAUGCAAAAGUCACGAGAUUGAAUAUUAACUUCCAGGCAUAAAUGACACGUUUUCUAGCCAACAGCUGGCACUUCCUCACCCCUGUGAGCCUCCUGUGAACCGUCGGUCCCAGAUUCUCUGUGUUCCUUAAUUACAUUGAGAUGCCAAACUGAAUUAAACAUGUGACAUAUUCAUCUAUUUAUGCGUAAAUCUAAUGUUUUGCAUGCUGCCGACUGUUUGCCUUGAAUGAAUGAUUGAAUGUACAAACACUGUAAGGCACUGUUAUUCCAAAGAGUUGUCUGACAAUCCUCAGUGCUGGUCUAUAGAUAUAUAUAUAUAUAUAUAUAUAUAUAUAUAAAUCUCUUUGUAGUAUUCUCAGGCUCUAUUUAUAGGCUAUCGUUUCUGUUGGCCAAUAUUUAUUAGACAA